AUGCAGACGAGUCGUUUACUCUCCUUUUCCUCUAACUCUCCGAGUUUCGACCGUUUCUCCCCCGCCGUAGACCUCGCCGCCAUCGCAGCCCGAGUCGUCGAGGAAUUCAGAGAUGACGAGCCACCACAAUCCGAGUCCCACCGUGACGACGACGAUGAUUUCGAGUUCGCCUUCGACUGUCCCAGCCGCAGGUGUUCUCACCCCAUAGCUACCGCCGACCAGAUUUUCUCCAACGGCCAGAUUCGCCCGUUGAAUCCGUACGGUUUUGGGAUUAGAAAUGCUCCGGUUGAUGGCAAAGGCGGAGAAUCUCAAACGACGCCGUCUUCGCCGAAGAAUACUCUUCCCCGACGUCAUCGACCUGCGCUGAGAAAACUGAUGAGUGAGGACCGAGAUCCGACGUCGAAUUCAUGUUCAGAGGCUGAUCUUAUCGGUGUUCCGCCGGAGAUUUACUGUGUAUGGACACCAAAACAAUCGAAUGGAGACGACGAUCUCAAAGGACUCUCGUCUUCACCAUCGCAGAACAAAAUCAAAAGCAAUUCCGCUGGUUUCUCUAAACGAUGGAAGCUCCGGAAUCUGCUGUACGCGAGAAGCAGCAGCGAAGGGAACGAGAAGCUCGUAUUUCCGGCGCCGGUUAACAAAAGCGACGAGGCUAUCUCGGAGAAAACAGAGGAAGAAAAGCCACCGUCCAAGGAAAAAGCCGGCGAGGAGGGAAAGGAAAGCGAAGAGGCAAAACGACAGUCGUUUGUGCCGUAUGGAAAGGAUAUGAUUGGAAUAUUGAAAAAUGUUAAUGGGCUAAGUCGUCAUUUACGUCCAUUUUGA